CUCCCGCCCUUCCCUCUCUACCUCCCGGCCCUCCCGGCCAGUGAUGAGAUAUUCGGACAGGUGGGGAAGUGGCCACGGCAAUCGAAAUCACGUCCACGAGCACGACCAUGGCCGAGUGUCACACCCAGAAUAAAGCCAAGCUCGUCUCUGAGACCCGACGGAGAUUCGAAGCUGAUUAUGUGACAGAUAAGUCAGAUAAAUAUGAUCCACGUGAUGUUGAAAGGCUACAACAAGAUGAUAACUGGGUUGAAAGUUACUUACUUUGGAGGCAUAAUAAUGUCGAUGAAACACUGAAGAUGCUUGAUGAGAGUUUUCAGUGGAGGAAAGAAAUGUCUGUCAACGACCUCACUGAAUCUUCCAUUCCCAGAUGGUUAUUGGAAAUAGGUGGUAUUUAUCUGCACGGUUAUGACAAAGAAGGCAACAAGUUGUUCUGGAUCAGGGUGAAGUAUCACAUAAAAGACCAUAAAACCACACUGGACAAAAAGAAGCUUAUCGCAUUCUGGUUGGAACGUUAUGCUAAAAGAGAAAAUGGGAAACCUGUAACAGUGAUGUUUGACCUGUCAGAAACUGGAAUAAAUAGCAUAGACAUGGACUUUGUGCGCUUUAUCAUCAACUGCUUUAAGGUUUAUUACCCUAAAUACCUCUCAAAAAUGGUGAUCUUUGAUAUGCCUUGGAUAAUGAAUGCUGCUUUCAAAAUUGUGAAAUCCUGGCUUGGACCAGAAGCAGUGAGUUUGUUGAAGUUUGCAAGUAAAAAUGAAGUCCAAGACUAUGUCAGUGUAGAAUACCUGCCUCCCCACAUGGGUGGAACUGAUCCUUUCAAGUAUAGCUACCCACCGCUAGUAGAUGAUGAUUUCCAGACACCAUUGUGUGAAAAUGGACCUAUUGCCAGUGAAGAUGAAGCUUCAAGUAAAGAAGAUCUAGAGAGUGAUGGCAAAGAAACCUUGGAAACAAUUUCCAGUGAAGAACAAACAGCUCUUCUAAAAAAGAUUAACAUUACCGAACAUACUUCCAAAGCAGAGGAAAAUGAAAAGGUUGAUUCCAAAAUGAAAGCUUUCAAAAAACCAUUGAGUGUGUUUAAAGGGCCCUUACUACACAUCAGCCCAGCAGAAGAACUGUAUUUUGGAAGUACAGAAUCUGGAGAGAAGAAAACUUUAAUAGUGUUGACAAAUGUAACUAAAAACAUUGUGGCGUUUAAGGUGAGAACAACUGCUCCAGAAAAAUACAGAGUCAAGCCAAGCAACAGCAGUUGUGACCCUGGAGCUUCAGUUGACAUAGUUGUGUCUCCCCACGGGGGUUUAACAGUCUCUGCCCAAGACCGUUUUCUGAUAAUGGCUGCAGAAAUGGAACAGUCAUCUGGCACGGGCCCAGCAGAAUUGACUCAGUUCUGGAAAGAGGUUCCCAGAAACAAAGUGAUGGAACACAGGUUAAGAUGCCAUAUUGUUGAGAGCAGUAAACCAACCACCCUUACAUUAAAAGACAAUGCUUUUAACAUGUCAGAUAAAACCAGUGAAGAUCUUUAUCUACAACUCAAUCGUUUACUAGAAAGCAAUAGGAAGCUUGAAGACCAAGUUCAGCGGUGUAUCUGGUUCCAGCAGCUGCUGCUUUCCUUAACAAUGCUCUUGCUUGCUUUUGUCAUGUCUUUCUUCUAUUUGUUGUACACUUAAAGAAGUGGCGUUCAGUGAGAAACAUGGCUCUUUCGCUCAUUAGUUGGAAAAAGACCCAGAACUUCAUGUUACUAAAAGUUUUGCACAUCUGUGCUUCCUGAAAGGAAACGUGCAACACUUAGAGGGGAACAAAUACGUGUCUCGAAAAUAAACUCUGUUAGAAUGAGGAAACACUGGAGAAAUUGAGUAUAAGAGAUCAUAGUUAUAGUUAAUAAGGUGAAGGCAUAGCCAUUGUGUAAAUUAAUACUUUAGAUAUAAUUUAUUUUUUCCUUUUGAUUUGAAUACUUCUAAAGUUUGUUUUAUUAUAUGUAUACAUUAGCUAGACUGAAAAGUAGACGUAACAAGCUUUGUCACAGCCAAAAAAUGUAAUCUUUUUUUUAUGACAAAAUCAUUAUAGCUGAGCCAACUUAUUAGCUUUUCUAUACUAUGUAUAUAGAACAUGUAUAUUGAAAAAAAAAACCCGUACUUAAUACAGAUUAAUUUCUGUGAACAUGACUUUGUAAUUUUGAGAAUUCCUUCCAGAUGCUAGUCAAUAUUCUUUGGGUAUGUGAAACAAUUUAAUGCCAAACCACCUUUUAGCCUUUGUUUCUUAUCUGUCUUCCUUAACAGUCUGCCUUUUAUUAAUCUCGGACUUUUUUAUGAACACUCACAUUUAGACAGAAUUUGGGAAACUAAGUUUGCUUGGGUUUUCUUGGUCCUCUCUUCCAGUCUUUUUUAUGCAGUUUCCCAUCGCUCACUGGGGCGGGACACUGACCCCCAUGCUGCAUUUCUUAUAAGGGUCUAAUCCUCCUUUUUCUAAAUGACAGGAGUUAAAAUUUCUUUGAAACCUUGGUUUUGAGAUGCAGAGCAGAAUUCAUUCACAUUUCAGUUUCGCGUGAAAAUCGGCCACAAGAAGGAAACUUGACACAACACUGGAGUACCUAUAAGCGUGGGGUGGGGGGGGGGGGGCGGAAUCAAAACUCAAGUGUCGGUUCUCCAUUUAGGAAUGAAAACUAGAAUUCCUAGACCAGGGCUGUUGCACUUGCUGGAUACUCUGCCUUCGUCACAGUAAUCCUGAGGGUGGUCCCUAAAUUCCUAAAAUGAUACAACUUGCAGGGGCAGAGGCGGAUGAAAUCAGUUUGUUUUCUCACUCAUACAGCCAUUUUCAGUUCUCGUCGGUUCACGUGUAACUAUCUGAAAGAAAACAUAGUCUGCCUGUUAAAUAAAUGUUGAGUUUUGAUUGAGCCACGUUUGGAGAACUUUUUAUUCUGAAGUGUAGGGUUGGCGGCUUUCAUCUUGAGAAGCUGAGGAUUCCAAAGUCGAGUUGUAGAGAGUGGUGAUUUCAUAGAGUCCCUUCAAAAUUGGCCUAGCAAUAAAACCUUAAAAGGACACUGGUCUGAUGGUCUUAAUUUGGGUUUUUCUGUUGCAGUUUGCCAACUCCAGCCGUGAAAGUGACUUCAGUACACCCUAAGUACUCCCCGUAGUAUCUCCCUGUGUGUGUGCACAGCGGUUCCCUUUCCAUGUUAGAUCCCCGGCUAUAUAUAACCUAAUCUCAAAGCAUUUGUGUAUGUUCUUUGUUCCUCAGCAAAUGAAUGGGGAAAUCAUUGGUCAGAAUUGGAAGUGUAUUGUCCUAACAGUGUCCCUUUAAUGUUUCCUACGAAAAUGACGUGGACUCACUACAAUGUUCUUCCCUGAUGUCUGGCCAGUUGAAUUUAAUAACGUAUCUUGUUAACGUUUGUGUGUCUACUAAAUGUGACUAUGCAAGAUUACUGAAAAUUAUAAGAUCAAAGGCAUCUAAACGUCUGUUCUUAACUAAUCACUUAUUUACAUCAGAUUUUAUUCUGUCUUCAUUUGAUUUUAUCACAUUUUGUGUGACUAUUACUUUGAGUACUCUGAUAAUAAUUUUAUUUUUUAUCUUGUCAUUACCUAUUCAUGACCAAAUUACCAAGGAUCAACAUUAAGAUCGAGAUUUUCGCUUGAGAAUGGAAAUCAAUAGAUUUUCCAUGAAAACAUUAAUAAAAUAUUAUUAGCUUGGUCUCAAAGUAGCCUAAAAAUGCAACUGCGGUUAAACCUAGCCUCAAAUUUCAUAAUACCAUAACUGUUUUUAUAUCUUUCCACUAAUUUUGACUGGAUUUAAUAGCACUUUAUUGUACAACUGCAAAAAAAAA